CGCGAGACGAAAUAGAUGAUACGAUGGGGCGUUAGUGGGAGAAGGAGAGGAGAGGCGUGAAGUGUGAGGCAGGUGCAGCUACGAGAGCUUUAGACCCUAUGGGGGUCGCUAGACGGGUUGAUGUCGUUUGGUGCGUCCGAGAGAACGACGGUGAUUUGAAAAAGCGCUAUAUUUACACGGCGUUCACGAGGCGGAGCAAAAAAAGUUUGUGUUCUCACAACAGCGGCCUCACACACCGAGCCACUUUACAGCGAACCGAAUUGAAACGACUAGAAAAAAAUGGCUGUACCAUCAGAGAAUAUCAUGAAUACGAAUCUCGAUGAUCCUGUAACAAAGGCGGUAGUCGAUAAUAUAAUGGGCAAUCUGCCCACAAAAAAGCCUCUCGUUCGCUGUGAAGAUUGUGACCUUUCCUUCACAAGUCAGGCAGUGUUGGAUACACACUUACAAGGCGCACGUCACGCUAAACAGGUACGAUCUAAGAAUAUCAUGGCAACUCUCGAGGAAACAAAGAUCUCAUUUACCAAGGAUGAAGAGACAAAUGGACUGAAAUGCAAUGUAUGUAACGUGUGCCUGAAUUCUAUUCAGCAGUUACAAACACAUCUAAAUGGCAGCCGUCAUAAAAAGAAAUUAAUGAGAGGUGAAUGGGAUGGCAAAGAGGUUGUCACCCAAGGCCCCUCGUUGAAAUCGACUGCUAGUGCGCAACAAUCUGCUCUCGUAAAAAGGGAUUUUCUUACCUGCGAUACAUGUAACAAGUUCUUCAACUCUCCGUCUCAAUACAGUGUGCAUAUGAAUUCCGUGAAACAUGCCGAGAAAGUGAAGAGAUCGAAGGGUCCAAAUAAAGGAUUUGUCCCAUAUCCGUAUCCGAAAAAAACAAAACGAAAUAUCAGGGAACAGAUACCAUCUUUGUCAAGCAACUUUGUAUCGAGCGGUCUUAUAUAUCAACCAUAAGAGACAUGAUUUAUGCAUCUUGCUUUGAGUUACAUAUUAAAAAUAUUCUUUCGGAUAUUCUAUCAACUAAUAAAUUAUUAUAUAAAUAUAUAACAUAAAUGUAAAUAUACAUAUUUACAGUAUAAAGUUCUCAAAAUUUCUCAAACUUUUUUUUAAAAUCAUCAGACAUUUUAGUUUAAAAGAAAAUAAAAAACAAGAAUUUGGUUUAGUAGCAAUAUGUAAAAGCAAUUACGGUUGAUAUGCAAUUCGUCCUCUCAAUAUUAUAAGAUUGAACGAUACGAAAGUUUGUAGAAUUUAUCAUUGUAAGUUAAGUAAUUAUUAAAUAAGAGUCAUGAAAUUAU